AUGAUUGAAAAUCAUACGAAUUCAGGUGACACGCGAUCGCCAAUGAACGAACUCUUUUUAUCUAUCGAUAGAAUUUCUUCGCAUUCUUCAUUGAGAUCAGUGAAGAUUUUAAAAUCCGGAAGAGGUAUUAUUCCAACAAUACGUUCCUUUAGUUUACUUUUAUGUACUUUUACACUGAUAAUCAAUGGGUUACGUUUAGGAUUUAUAUAUUUAUUUCCCAAAAUUUAUCCAAGUCUAAUACAAUCAUCGUUAAAUCUCUGUAUAAUAGAAAGUUUUUUUCUUCAUGUUCUAACAUGUUUCCAUUUGCAUUUAAUAAUAUUUUUACGUCUUUAUUGGUAUUAUUGUUUUCUAUGUGAAAAAUAUUGGCCAACAAAAAGCUAUUGUCGAAUAUUAUCAAUGUUUUUACUUAUUUUUAUUUUCUUAUGUUUAUUAACGCUGCCAAGUACAAGUAAUGAAUGGUCAUCUGUUAUGUACGAUGAAAUUUCACAAAUUUGUAUUGUUAAUUAUCUAUUCAAUUAUUCAUAUACUUUUUUUACAGUGUCAUUUACUUGUUUCAUACCAUUUAUGUUAAUAAUCAUAUCUCAUAAAUUACAAAUGAACGCUAUUGAAAAUCACACGUCGAAAUAUAUUUCAAACGAUGAAAAUUUAAACCUUUCUCGUCAAAAAACCCAAUUUCAAUAUUGCUCCUAUGCCAUUCUUAUUUGGUCGUUUCUCAAUAUUCUACUUUUAAUAAUUUUACAUGUGCCAACGCAAAAUGCACAAAUUAGAACUGUAAUAUAUUAUAUAGAACUAUUUUCAUUUUUGCUCGAUCCGAUUAUAUUUAUAGUGAUUUUCUAUUCAUUGUCUAUAAUUACUUUAUUACCAUCAAAAAAUGAAAUCUAUUAUAUAUAA